UCCCGCCUCCAGGUCCCACCUAGUCCCCCGGGCAACGCGCAUGGGUUUGCGCAACGUGUGUGCCCUGGGACUCACUCUGUGUCCGCCCGCGCCCUCCGAGCAUGGCUUAUCAUCUGGUUACCAUUUCUGAGUCGUUCUCCAGUGUGGUAGACGCGGCUGCCCAGCAACCCAGGCCCUCGGUCACAUGGAACCUGGGCUCGCCUUUGGGUUAUUCGACCGCCGCCCAGGCCACCACCAGUUCCGGCACCACCCCGGCCUGGACCUUCCAGCGCGAGAGGCUCGGCUCUCACCCCGAAAUCAACGUAGGGACCCACCCGCAGAUCUGCUUCCUGCGGCCGCGGACAGCGCAGCUGCCGGUGCUCUUCAGCUUAAUGAAUUCCAGUGAAGCAGCAGUGAAAAAAUUUUUACCCAAGAGCAACUUACCCCGGGUGAUUAUUCGUGACAACCUCAGUGCACAACGAGUCUAUGAGAUGGAGAUAAGAGCUUCAGACAAGACCAAGAGAAAGAUGAGCCACUUGUAUGACCAUCUGAAGAAAAAGUUCAUGACCGACCAGCUCAGAAAGCUGGGGUGCUGGAGACGGGAAUCCAUGAACAUCCAGCAGUACCUGGAUAGCAUCCAAGUAUGCAAGGUCCAGUUCAACCUCCAUCCUCACAGGAAAAGCCAGCCACCCUAG